AUGAACGUCCAGGAUAGUGUGAAACAACACCUCCCGUCGGAGCAGGGAGAUGGGACGGGUAUAAAUCAACCGAGCCCUGCGGAGCAAGAGGAGAAGCAAUCCUAUAAAGCCUGGGCCCAAAAUGCAUACAACUCGCAAUACGAAUCCUGGAUGCCAUGGAUAGAAGAUCAAUAUCUGCGGUGGUUCGGGAAGGGCGAUAAUAAAGCUUCCUACGCGACUAAGGAUUCACUAUCCAAGACGAAAGUCACCGGCAUCGAUCAAGUCGACCAGGUUCAAGAUGAUACGUCGAAUCUGGUUGGAAACCAGAUUGGGGAUAAGGGUCUUUUGAGCCCGGUUGGUCAGUUUGUUUCGAAGGAGGGGAUUAAUCGGACUGAACGGGGUGGGAAGGAUGAGAGGGGGGAGUUUUUGGGUGGUCAGGGAACGCAGACUGGGGGUAAUGGGGGUGGCUUGAUUGGGUCGAUUGGGAGUGGUGUUUCUGGCGGUGUUGAGGGUGUGAAGGGGGUUCUUGGUGGUGGUGGGAAGUAG